UUUCCCAUAUUAACAUUCCCAUCUGGUAUCAUAACUCUCAAAGUCCACACCAGAAAUAUAUAACAAUUUAUUAAACGCUCAUAAUUUAAAUUAUAAGUACUGCUCUACGGGCAGAAACUGCACGUCACGCAAUACGGACAAGAGGAUGACGAGUCCGCCACACAGGGGCGGGACUAGACGAGAGUAGAGACGUUACGCACGCGUGACCGAACCGAAUGUUUUCUUGUCGUUCUUUGCUUUUGUAUUUUUAUUUAACUUGAGACAGCAGCCGUGGAGAAGUAAAACCUUAUCCAUUUAAGCAAGACAAAACGCGCUAAGUUUGUUUAUUUAUUUAUUUAAUUAAUCUACUCUACUCAUUUUGUUCACCGCAGAUAUAAGAAGUCAGUAUGGUCGAGGCGGUAUUUGUUUUUGACUCGACUUGUUUAAAUUAUUCCCUCGAAGAAAAGUGAAUCAAAUCCUCUUGUCUCCCCCCCAGCACCCCACCAUUGUCAGAGUGCUGCGUCAGUUCCGGUGUGUUCAGUGCGGGGUUUGGUGAGGCAAGAUGGCGGCCCCUAAUGAGCAGGAAUUAUCACAGGAGCAGACUGAGAAACUCCUCCAGUUUCAGGACUUGACUGGGAUAGACUCCAUGGAUCAAUGUCGUCGCACCUUAGAGCAACACAAUUGGAACAUUGAGGCAGCUGUACAGGACAGACUGAAUGAGCAGGAAGGGGUCCCCAGUGUAUUUAACCCUCCUCCCUCUCGUCCGUUACAAGUCAACACCGCAGACAACAGAGUCUAUAGCUACAUAGUGUCAAGGCCGCAGCCCAGAGGGCUCUUAGGAUGGGGUUACUACUUAAUAAUGCUUCCAUUCCGAUUUACAUAUUACACACUAAUGGACAUAUUCAGAUUUGCUCUGAGGUUCAUAAGGCCAGAGCCCCGUGGACGUGUUACAGAUCCUGUAGGUGACGUGGUAUCAUUUAUUCAUAGUUUUGAAGAGAAGUAUGGCAGAUCACAUCCAGUUUUCUACCAGGGAACGUACAGCCAGGCAUUAAACGAUGCCAAGCGCGAACUUCGGUUUCUGUUGGUUUAUCUCCAUGGAGAUGAUCAUCAGGAUACUGAUGAGUUCUGUCGCAACACUCUUUGCACAGAGGAAGUUGUGAACUUUGUUAACACCAGGAUGCUGUUCUGGGCUUGUUCCACUAGCAGACCCGAAGGAUACAGAGUUUCCCAGGCAUUGCGAGAGAAUACGUACCCUUUCCUGGCCAUGAUCACGCUGAAGGACAGAAAGAUGACUGUUGUGGGGAGGUUAGAGGGUGUGAUCCAAGCAGAAGACCUCAUUAAUCAACUCACAUUCAUCAUGGAGGCCAACCAGACUUAUCUGGUGUCAGAGCGAAUGGAAAGAGAGGAGCGGAACCAGACUCAGGCACUAAGGCUGCAGCAGGAUGAGGCAUAUCUCGCCUCCCUGCGCGCCGACCAGGAGAAGGACAGGAAGAAGAAAGAGGAGGAGGAGCAGAAGAGGAGACAGGAGGAGGUGGCCAGAGAGAUCGUACUAGCCGAGGAGAGGAGACAACAGACUUUGCAGGAAGAGAAGGAGAGAAGGUCUGAGAGCCUCCCACCCGAACCCUCUCCAGAUAACCCCGACAGUGUGAAAAUUGUCUUCAAACUGCCCAACGAUUCCCGGGUAGAGAGACGGUUCUUGUUCACGCAGUCUUUAACGGUAAUAUAUGACUUCUUGUUCUCCUUGAAAGAAACCCCUGAGAAGUUUCAGAUAGUGACUAACUUUCCCCGUCGGGUCCUGCCCUGCCUCCCCACAGAGGAGAGGCCAAUCCCACCAACGUUGAAGGAGGCUGGGCUGAGUCGCUCCGAGGUACUUUUCGUGCAGGAUCUCACGGACGAUUAAUAAACGAACCAAAUCUCUAUUGGAAUUUUUUUUUCUUCUAAAGAGCGCUGCACACAUGGGAUCACUGAAACAAUUUGCCUGAAAGAGCCAAGAUUUAUUUUUGUUUUAUUGUGUUUGGACAGGAGUAUGUACAUGUGGAUACGUUACUAUGUAUUUAACACAAAACAAGCAUCCAGAAGGACAAAAAAAUGCCCAAGUUAAAAAAAGAAAAUGCUCCGGUUUAUAAAUUAAUAAAAAAUAUCAAUAAUAAAAAAUAAGAGCAAAGUUUUGAUCUGCAAAAAUUCUACCUGUUCCUAUCCUUCACCCUCUAAGCCCAUAAUUAACCAUCUGCAGAAUGAAUGCUUUUUAUGAUAAUAAUGUAUUAUAUCUUAAUGAUAUAAUGUAUUUAUGUUACCAGAAGACCAAAGGAGGGUUGGUGGUUAUUUAAUGGCGCUGGACUGCUUACAGUUCUUAAA